UCUCGGUGAAAAUUUCCCGCCUAAAGUUUUGUCGGUACUUCAGUGGUUGAUUUAAGUUUAACGACUGGUAUACUGAUGAAUGAAGUUUUCGGUUUUUCUUUGCCUAGUGUUAUAUUUAUUAUGAAUAUGAUUUUGUAAAUCUCAUUAAUUUUAUAAAAGCAAACAUUUUGCCAUGGGGCAAAGGACUCAUUUUACAUCUGUGAAACAGGGCGAGCUGAAGUUUCUAAGAGAACUGCCUGUUUUCAAAGAUAUUGGAGGUGAUCGAAUAUUGAUAUAUGAAGCGACGGAGUUGGUCGGUUUCAGUGCAGACAAUGAACACCUAGACCGGUACGCCAAUACGCUCCAGGCCAGACUCAAGGCACAAUGCAAAGAAGCUGUCAUAGUCGACUUUUCCCUUGUCGAAAGCCUGCCUUACACUUCUCACGCCCUUCAAAUCCUGAUCAGCUUGGAUAAAAAGAUAAAAUAUCACUCUGUCUUUCUGACUUUCAUCAACUCCGAUACGGAAUCGAACAACCUCUUCCCUCUUCUCUUCGUAUCGCAGAGCUCAACAACAGUCAUCAAUAUGGUUCACAAAAUUAUUUCAAAGAUGUUUUCCUGUUGCAUCAAAAACUAUAAAAUACUUAAAGAGGAAUUGCUUUGGAUGACAGCAAUAGGUAUGAAUGAAUUGCUAAGGAGAAGGAUUAACGAAGGCCUGCUCGUAACAUAUUCCUUCCCAUUCUAUUCGGGUGGCAUCAUACAUUCUGCAAUUUCUGAGGAUUUGGUCCUCUACCUUUGGCAUAAAUAUUUGUACAAUAAUGAGAACAGAAUCAGCCUGUCCAAUCUACAAAAAAUGUUUCUAGACUUGGAGCAACACUUAUUCAACACCUAUGGCAUAAAUUUUUCCACUUUUGAAAUAAAACAAAUCAAAAUGAAAGGUGUAAAUAUAACGUGCCUGUCAACGAUUGAAUUGAAGAUCGUUUCACCUGAAAUUCUCUACAUAAUGCUACUUUAUCUUCACAGUCUGAUAUUUGAAAGGAAAGGCGCAACAUUUCAAUUGGAAUAAAAUACGAAUGGGAUUUUUAAAGAGAUUUGGUCAAUGAUUAUGACAAAUUAAAAUUUUAUUCGGUAAGUUCUUCUGAACAGCCAAUGUUGGAGGACAUGACUUUUGUGUACAUUUAUCAUUAAAAGAUUUUCUAUGCAUA